CCAACUCACUGCACAGGCCGACUUCUCAUACCUAGACCUAGGGUCCUUUGGCGAGCAAUGGCAGAAGCUGAGACGGAGAAGGCCACCACUGGCUCGCUCCUUUCGAAUGGAGGUGUAGCAUUGGAUACCACUGCUCCCAAUGGAAGCGAGGAACAGCUCGAUACCAGCCGUAAGGUCGACCCGUUGAGCCCCAGGAAACGAGACAGAUCUUACAAUGAAGCAACCGAGUGCACAGAAAACGCGGUCAAGCGUCAGAAGGGUGUCGCACCAAUCAAAGCAGAGUACCUAUUACGAUCAACUGGUAACUGGACUGAGGACGAGAAGGGUGGUGUGGAGUACGACGACGCGGCGGAAGCUGCUGAUGAUCGGUACCAGAAGAUUGACGGACGCGGGCGAGACAGCCGUCAGGGUGGCAAGGGCAAAAAAGACAAGAAACAGCAGAGGGGCCAAAAAGGCCAGAAUACCAGUCGCACCUUUGGAUCUUCGCAUGACAAGCUCCAGUUGUGUGGAACACGCCAGCUCAGUCCUGAGUUCUCACCGAAGGAGUGCCCGUUUGGCAGCAAGUGCAAGUUCGAACAUAACCUCCGCAAAUACCUCAACGAAGGCCGACGCGGGGAUCUCACGACUCUUGACGGAAAAUGCCCCAUCUACGAGGCGAAGGGUUACUGUAACCUCGGCUGGAAAUGCCGUUUCCACAGCAGUCAUUCUACGGAGCGGGAGACCGACGACGGCAGGAGGGAGCUGAUCUUGCUCGAGGACACUGAACGAAAACCGGCUGAAGGAACUCAGGACCCGGAUUACGAGGUUGGAGUCUUCAACAUCGUUUCCAAGGAAGCUAAGAUCAACCUCUCAAGAAGGCGAACAGGAACCCCCAGGGCAGAUGCGUACCUCGAAUGGGUGAAUGCAAAUGCGGAUGCUGAGAGAGUACAUUUUGACAGGAAGCCUCGAUCAGGUGCGAUUGGCCAGCCGGAGGAAGAGCUUACCAUUAAGAAAGAGGAGGAAGAACGUGCUAUCAAGAAAGAGGAAGAGCCUGACAUCAAGAAAGAGGAGGACGAAGACAACCGAGCGCAGUUCGUUGAGCCUCCUUUUAGACCAUCGGAGAAGCGUCGCAUCUACUACGGACCCGAGACACCCAUACUGGCACCCUUGACCACCCAAGGUAACCUUCCGUUCCGCCGACUAUGUGUUGAGCUUGGUGCUCAAGUAACGUGGUCCGAGAUGGCGAUGGGCCUUCCACUUAUCCAAGGCGACAAGGGCGAGUGGGCUCUUAUGAAGGCCCAUGAAUCUGAGAUCCGACCUCCAAAGUUCGAGCACAAGAAUGCUGUUGUGCGAGGCUACGAUAAUGCAAAAGAUCUCAAAUUCGGUGCGCAGAUCGCGGCGAACAAGCCAUGGUUGGCAACGAAGACGGUGGAAGUGCUUACCUCGUUGUGCCCACAGCUCCGAGCUAUUGACCUGAACUGCGGCUGCCCGAUCAAUCUUGUCUGCGAGAAAGGUUGCGGCUCCGCGCUUCUGGACAGCAACGCCCGCUUGGAGAGUAUCCUGCGGGGCAUGAACUACGUGUCGAACGAGGUGCCAAUCACGGUCAAGAUUCGUAUGGGUACGAAAGAUGGCCAGCCAACCGCCGAAAAACUCAUUAAGCGUCUGGUGCUCGGCGGGUACGAGGCUGUUGAGUCCGGCAAAGGCACUGCAGGUGUCGCAGCUAUUACUCUGCACGGACGCAGCAAGCAACAGCGCUACACAAGGGGCGCCGACUGGGGCUACAUCGCAGAAUGCGCUGCCCUCAUUGACAGACUAAAGAGGGAGAAGAGCUCGCGGACGGAUACCAUUGCGGAAGCUGACCCCCGAGACCUUGCGAAUGACGGCCAUGUCUACUUCGUCGGUAACGGUGACUGCUACUCGCAUGUUGACUACUACAACCAUCUCGAGAAUGCCAAAGUCGACUCCGUUAUGGUGGCACGCGGUGCUCUCAUCAAGCCCUGGAUCUUUGAAGAGAUCGAGAAAGGACAGUACCUUGACAAGUCGGCGAGCGAGCGCCUCAGCUACGUGGAGAAGUUUGCGAAGUACGGGCUGCAGACGUGGGGAUCGGACGAGCUCGGCAUUGGUACCACCCGGCGCUUCCUUCUAGAGUGGCUCAGCUUCUCGCAUCGCUAUGUGCCCGUUGCCUUGUUGGAGCACUUGCCGCCAAACAUUCAGGACAGGCCUCCGCGCUUCCGAGGACGAAACGAAUUGGAGACGCUGAUGGCUAGUGACAACUACAAGGACUGGAUGAAAAUCAGUGAAAUGUUCCUUGGUCCUGCGACGGAGGGCUUCAAAUUCGAGCCGAAGCACAAGUCCAAUAGCUACGAGAUCGAAGCUGAAGGUUGAGAACGUUCGGUGUGCUAGAGCGGCUGCGACGCUUUGGAUGAGGUUAUUUCGGGAGUAAAAGAUCUUUGAUUUCUGGGUGUGUGGCGGGCGGGUAGCAUUAUGCCGAUGUGAGCAUAUAGAAGACUUACAUUUGAUCCUGCAUACCAUAGCAUUUUGGGGAGAUCCCCUACUGCUCAUCUAGGGACUAGGAUUCACUUGCAAGGGUAGCAUCCUUUGCGGAAGGAAUGAAAGCAU